GCUGUUGGCUCUUUAGUACAGGCCGGUGGCCGAGGAGAACGGACUGAAAACAAGAAAUCCAUCAGGAAAUCUCCGAAGGAAAGAGAGGAGGCGAGAAGCCAGAGGACAGAGGAGGGGACCCAUUCCAGCUGUGUUUUUCUAAGGAACAGAGCCCUCAGAACUUCUUCACAUUGAAGAAUUUUCCACUGUGCAGCAAGGGAACAAAUCUUUACUUCUGAUGUUUUUUAUUUAAAAUCAGCUGUUUACAUAUAUAUUUUUUAGCUUUUAACCAGCUGAGACAGACAUUUAUUUUAUUCAUCAAAAGCCUUCUCAGUUUGUCAUUUCUCAAGUUGUAAUCAUGAGAGGAGACAACUCAACCCURUGGGACAACCUAUUCUCUCCACCUCUCUGUGACGGCUGGAGCAACAACACGGAGGGAGCCAUCUACCACUUGGGAAACACCAUCCUGUUCCUGGGCUACAUGGGAGGCAGCGGGGCCUACGGGUGCCUCUUCAUCUUCAGCUUCCUGUGUCCGGCCUUCCUGUGCCUCGUCCUGUGGGGCUGGAUGACCAUGUGUGGCCUGGACGUCUUCACCUGGAACCUCCUGCUGCUGCUGGCCUGCCUGCUUCAGAUCUGCCACCUGGUCUUUAGGCUGCACCAGGAGGGCAUACGCAGCGAGGAGCUCUCCUCCCUCUACCAGAUGGUCUACCUGCCACUGGGCGUGCCCAUCCAGGUGUUCAAGGAGGUCGCCAGGGCGUUUGAAGACAGGGUGGUGGAGCUGAAGGCAGGAGAGGUGUAUGCUGUAGAGGGCAAGACGCCCAUUGAUCAGCUCUCCUUUUUGCUGACCGGCAGGAUCAGUGUGUCUUUGGAGGGUCAGUUCCUGCAUUACAUCCACCGACACCAGUUCCUUGACUCUCCAGAAUGGGAGUCUCUUCGACCAAACGAGGAGGGGAAGUUCCAGGUGACUCUGACAGCAGAUGAAGACUCACGUUACGUCUCAUGGCGUCGCCGACGCCUCUACAUGCUGAUAUCAAAAGACAGCUAUGUCUCCCGUCUCUUCUCUGUCAUGCUGGGAUAUGACAUCGCAGAGAAGCUCUACAACCUCAACAACAAGCUCUACAUAAAGAGCGGCGUGUUGCUGGACAUCCGUCUGCCAAGCCUCUACCACGUGCUGGCCCCCUCCUCACAGGGCAGUGAAGGCGGCAGCGGCAGUGAUGGCGGCAUCACUAAGGAUCAUCAUAUACAAGACCCUGUGCUGGCCUGCCAUGUGUCCAAUCCUGGCCAGUCUCAGCCUCCCAAGCCCAUUCUGCAGGGACCAAGAACAACAUCCCCGAAUGUACCAAAGGCCUYGGAUCAUGAGCAAUAUCAGCACCAUCCCUGGGCUUCAGACCCAGAACUGCCAUCUGGAGGUGACAGAGAAGAAAAUUUACCUCCUCGGUUCCAGAGAGGCAGAGCUCCACUGGCUCCCACCGACACCCCUGACCUGUGAGAACAUCCUCUUCCUGUUCAUGUCAGCUUAUCUGCAGUCUGAAUCUGAGACACCACCUGGAGCAGGAACUCAUCCUUUAAAUUUAAUUUACCAGAAGGAAUCAAKGUGUUUUGGUUUUAAUUUCUGAAUGAUUCUAUUUUUCACUGUUUGUGUUUUUAUGUCACAAUUUUGAUAAGAAUAAGCUUGGCUUCAGCCUAUCCUUUUUUUUUUUUGGUAAAUUAUGAGUUUGUUUAUUGUUUCUGUUUUGUUUGUUGUUGUUGUUUUUUAAUGUUUAAU